CAACAGAUGAUGUUUUUAUAAGCUUAUAUAAUCAAAUCUUAAAUGUAAUUUAAACUUGUUAUUACCCAGCUGAAUAGACACUUUCAUUUCCUAAAGAAAACUAUCCUGAAGUUUUGAGAAUAUCUCUGCGAAUGGCAUACUGAUAACAUUAUGAUCCAAGACUGACUGCAGUGUUGUCAGAGACUUGAAUUCCAAUUUGUGGGUUAGUGUCAUCAUGGUGUCAACACCAAUAUCACAAUACUUGCUUCGUUGGAAUGAUCAUCUCUCAAAUUAUGGUGACAUCUUCUUAACACUAAGAGAGCAGGAAGAGUUUGUGGACUGCAGUAUAGCCUGUGAAGAUGGCAUUGUGGGUGCUCAUAGAGUAGUACUUGCUGGCUGUUCUCCUUACUUGAGGGACGUCUUCAUUCGGAUUUCAAAUCCUCAUCCAGUCAUCUUCCUGACGAAUAUUCCAAGAUCUCUUGUCAUCAUGUUGCUGGAGUUUAUCUAUAAAGGUCAAGUUCACAUUCCACAAAAUCGUCUGCAACAGCUUGUGAUGCUGGGUCAGAGUCUUCAGAUCAAAGGGUUAAAGCAGAUUACACUGCCCGUGAGUGAGGUUUCAUCACUAAAUACUGUCACUCCAAUGGCAUUUCCACACUGUCUUCCUGUCUCUGUAACAGGAGGUCUAGCAUACAGUGUUCCUUCUGAAGGGGCUUCUAAUCUUGAUGUAUCUGUUGCAAAUAAUGAAGAAAACACAGAAGAGAAUAGAGAAAAUGUAGAAGAGGAAAGGACAAAAAGUAUAGAGGAAAGUAGAAAAGAUGUAGAAGAGGAAAGAAACUAUGUAGAAGAGGAAAGUAGAAAAAGAAUAGAAGAGAAAAGUAGAAAAAGCGUAGAAGAGAAAAGUAGAAAAAGCGUAGAAGAGAAAAGUAGAAAAAGUGUACAGGAGGAAAAUAGAAAAAGUGCAAAUGAGAAAAGUAGAAAAAAUGUAGAGUUUAUUUCACAGCAGAUGUCUGAUGAAUCACCAAAGAAACGGCGAGGAAGAAAGAAAAAAUUCUCUGUCAGUCAGAACCGGAAGUACCCACUGAAGUCCUACCCCGUGGGUUUACAAGAUAAACGCCUCCUUGCAGCUUAUGCGAAGAAGCAUGGUAUAGAGUCCACCAGAAAUUAUGCCAAAACCUUGUAUGAUGUACAUAUGAGAACGUCCACCAUCUUAAAACUGAUGAAGAUGUUUGGUAAACAUAGAUCGGUUAAAAGAUUAGGAUCACAUGCUGAAAGAACAGGUCAUGUGUGUAAUACAGUGUCAUCAAGGUCAAUGGAUUAUAUUUAAGGAGAAUUUCUGUAAAUCUGGGAUGCUAUACAUUAAUUUCUUUAACCAUUUGAGUACUUAAGUUUUACUAAAUGUUUUUUUUUUAAACUGGAACUUUAUUCAAGUCUCUUGAGGAACAUAAAAUGUGUGUUUGAUGGAUAUCACAUAAAAGUUCAAAGUAAGAAGUGGAGUUGCAUAACAGUGUUCACUUGUUGCCCUAGAGUUUUUUUAAUAGAUGAUGUGUUGAUUGCAACACGAAAGGCCUAGAGCUGUCAUUCAACUCCUCUCAAGAUUGUUUUGCAUUUUGUAUCACUUGUUUGUGAUUAUUGCAUAUACAGUGGACCCCCGGUAUUCGAUGGCAUCGGUAUUCGAUAAAUCCGGUAUUCGAUGCAUUUUAACACAAAAAUUUCGCCUCGGUAUCUGAUCGAAAACCCUGUAUUUGAUGCGAUUCGUACGAGACGUGUCCACGUGUGGCCUGAACUGCCCCGUGUGUGCCAGUGUUUACAAGCCAGCCAGUGUGCGCACAUCUAAGGAUACAUGCGGUACAUUCCAUAUUAUCACUGUUUUUGGUGCUUGUUUCUGCAAAAUAAGUCACCAUCGGCCCCAAGAAAGCUUCUAGUGCCAACCCUGUGGUAAAAAGGGUGAGAAUUAGUAUGGAAAUUAAGAAAGAUUUUGAAGAGUUUGGGGCUAACCCUGAGAAGCCUAUGCCAGUUGCGGAAUCCAUUGUCCAUUGUGCCUACUUCAAAAAUUAAGGAAAUGUGUGCACAGUGGGUUGAACUGCAAAUCUUUAUGGAUGAAAAUCACCCUAACACAGCUAUUGCAAACCGUGCUGGUGACUAUUACAAUGACAAUGUUGAGGCCCAUUUUAGACAAAUUGUAAAGGAACGGGAGGUACAGAGCUCUAUGGACAGAUUUGUUGUGCGACAGAGGUCCAGUGACUCUCAAGCUGGUCCUAGUGGCAUUAAAAGAAGGGAAGUAACCCCAGAAAAGGACUUGCUACCUCAAGUCCUAAUGGAAGGGGAUUCCCCUUCUAAACACUAACAUCAUCCACACUCUCCCCUCCCAUCCCAUCAAUCAUCACCAGAUCUUCAUUAAAGGUAAGUGUCAAUUAUUCUAUUGUUAUUGUAAUUAUUCUAAUGCAUUAAACUUAAUAUUUCAUGUGGUAAAAUAUUUUUUUUCAUACUUUUGGGUGUCUUGCACGGAUUAAUUUGAUUUCCAUUAUUUCUUAUGGGGAAAAUUUAUUUGCCUUUUGAUAUUUUCGGUAUUUGAUGAGCUCUCAGGAACGGAUUAAUGUCGAAUACCGGGGGUCCACUGUAUGUGUGUGUGUAUGUACAGCCUCUCCUCACUUAACGACGGAGUUCCAUUCUUAAGACCACGUCAGUAAACGAAUCCGUCGCUAAGUGAGGAGCAUACUAUAAUGGUAGUGGGUUUGUGUCAACUAUCUUUGAUAUUGCUUUAAUGUCGCCUUUGCACCAUUUAUAACAUUUCUGGUAUAUUUUUAAAUGUUUAUACAGUAGUGUACUUUAUAUUGUAGUAAUCAGGAUAGAGUAAAUCAGCUCUAAUAUACAUUUAGGUAUGCAUGCUGGUCAGGGAACCCGUUGUAAGUGAGACGUCAGUAAACGAGCGCGUCACUAAGUGAGGAGAGGCUGUAUAUAUAAAGCUUGUUCUUAAGCAGUGUUAUCCAGAUACAUUCAUAGUUUGGUAGGCAGUAUUACUAGUACAGGUGCUCCUUGAUGUAUGAUGGUUCUACAUAUAUUUCAACUCCACAAUGGCACAAAAGCAAUUACAGUAAUUGUUUAUUUACUUGUUUAGUGACAGCAGUUAUUUAUUUACUUAUUUAGCAUAUAUUCAUGUCAGAUUUAUGAUAUUUUUGACUUACAAUGGGUUUGUCAGAGCGUAACCCCGUUGUGAGUCAAGCACCACCUGUAUCUAACAUUACUAGCUGGGUAUGAUUGCUAUUUACUUUAUAUUGUGGUAUAAACCUUGGUAAUAAAUACCGACAAGUUGGUUUAGAAAGACACGUAAGCAAACACUAUAACAUAUUUAUUAGAAAACGUUUCGG